AUGGAGCUUCCUGUGGAUCGGUGGGCUGGGGCUGUUGAGGAGCGCGCGAAACACGUUCCUUUGCAGUACAUUCUAGGCUCGCAGCCGUUUGGCGAGCUCAAUAUCAAGUGUCGUCCCGGCGUGUUAAUUCCCCGCAACGAGACGGAGGAAUGGUGCGAGAGGUUGAAGGAGGUGGUGGAAAAGAUCCCCGACAAAGUUUCUGUCGUGGACUAUUGUACGGGCACCGGGUGUGUGGCAUUGAGUAUGGCCACCCUGUCGAAUGUGGAGAAAAUCACCGCUUUCGAUAUCGACGAGUCUGCGUUGCGAUUGGCGCGAGAGAACCUCAAGCUCAAUAAAGACCUGCUCCAGACGCCCGUAUCUUUCGAAAAAGGCAACCUGUUGCAGGAAAAGCACCCAAAACUGGCCGCUACGCUGCUCCUCUCGAAUCCGCCGUAUAUUCCCGAAAAGGACUUCAAUUUACAAGGCGGCGUGGAACAGUCGGUGCUGUUGUACGAGCCACGGUCCGCCCUGGUGGGGGACCUCGAAUUCUACACGGCGUUGGCCGAAUUGCUGCGCACGGGCUCUUUCAAAGCGUUCGUCUUUGAAAUCGGCUACCGCGAACAGGCUCUGCACACGAAAAAACUGCUGCCCGCCUGGACCUGUGGGAUCCGGACAGACUCGCACGGCAACGUACGAAACGUUGUUGGCUGGCAACAAGAAUGGAACGCGUUACGGUCGAUGUGCGACGAACUUCUAUAA